ACAAGGGUAGCAGGAGCGUUCACUUUACGCGUAUUCCUCGCGAGUUCCGCUCUACUUGUGUCGGAAAACGAUAUUAAUAAAUACAUACAUUAACAACGACAUUGCAAAUUAUUCGAUCAUUAGAUUCUUGAAUUGCAAACUUCGAAUUGUCACGUUAAUUUCUGAUUUCGAGCAUUGAGCAUCCUCGAACGAGUUGACAAUUGAUCAGUUAUCAUCGCAACAUUGAAAACCGAUUCUCAAAUAGUCUUCAAUUGUGCGCGCAAUCAUUUCAAACUAAUUGGUUCGAGCAACUUGUCGGACAAUUGCACGCUAGCAGAGAAUCUAAAAUGGAUUAUUCCUAUUUUAAGACGGAAGUUGCUAAACGCAGGAGGCCCAUGACAACGCGGGAAUUAACUAAAAUGGCGUAUUCCGCGCCGAAAAGUACGGUUUCCUUGGCCGAGGGAAUGCCCAACGAAGAAACGUUUCCGUUCACGGAAAUCUCAGUUAAACUCUACGACGGCACGUCCUUCACUCUCGACGAGAACGAAUUAGGUGCCGCUCUUCAGUAUGUACCUACACAAGGUUAUCCUCCUCUUCUGCAGGCCCUGAGGGAAUUCCAGAGAAGGGCACACGCGCCACCCUUAUGGGAGAGCCGCGAUAUAGUCGUCGUUUCAGGGUCUCAGGACGGGCUUAGCAAGACUCUGGAGGCUAUAAUCGGCACUGGUGAUCCGAUUUUGGUUCCUGAUCCUUUGUACCCCGGCGUCGAAGUUGUGGUCACACCUCACAAAGCAGAGAUCAUCGGGAUCCCGCAGGACGACGAUGGUCCCAUUCCGAAAGUGAUUAGGGACAUUUUGAGGGAACGAAUGAUUUCCGGUGAGAAAAUGCCGAAGAUAAUGUAUAUCAACGCUACGGCUACAAAUCCUACUGGUAUCAUUAUACCCUUGGAAAGACGAAAGGAAAUUUACAGGAUAGCCUGCGAGUACAACUUUCUUAUCCUAGACGACGACCCUUACCAUUUCAUGCACUUUGACAAGGAAGAACCUAAAUCAUUCUUAUCGCUCGACACGGAAGGUCGAGUGAUUAGAUUGGACUCGUUCUCCAAAGUGAUCAGCAGCGGCAUCAGGGUGGGUUUCAUGACCGCCGCGGCUCCGCUGGUAGCCAGCAUAGAGCUUCAUCUGCAGAGCAGUCACCUCCACGCCCCUGCUUUAUCGCAGGUGAUACUGUACAAGCUGAUGAAAAUCUGGGGUUAUGAAGGCAUGAUGGAGCAUUUCAUAAGAUUAAGGCAUUUUUACAAGGAGCGCCGAGACGUUAUCUCGGCGUUGGCACGCAAGCAUUUGAAUGGUUUAGCAGAGUUCAAUGUGCCGAAGGGUGGAUUCUUCUUGUGGAUUAAAAUACCGGGGGUCAAUAAUUCAUGGAAGAUAAUGCAGCGGGGUGUUAAAGAAGGUGUCAUCAUGGCGCCGGGAGCCGCGUUCAUGACGGAUCCUUCAAAACCCUGUAACACCAUCAGAGCGAGCUUCUCGAAGGCUUCCUACGAGGAUAUGAAUUUGGCAAUGGAACGAUUGGCGGAGUUAAUUCGAGCGGAGCAAGCUGAGAAUUACAUCGAGAAUUUGGAUACGUGAUGAUGAUGACGACGCGACGAACACGUGCAUGAUUACACAGUCGAUAUCGGGAACCAAUCGGUAACAAAAUAUGGGUGAAGGGCCGGGAAUACAUUGUCGACCAAGUGAACCAUGUUGCUGCGCUCGCGUGAAAGGAGGAAGCAUACCAAACAUCGGUAGAAUCGGACUUCUGUUGUGGGGCCAAAGAGAAUUAGCUUCGUGCUCGACGUUCUUGGAACGUAGUCGUGAAUUCCGUUAACAGAGGACAUUGCAUUACUAAAACGAUAUUAACAUUUGCCAUUGAAAUUAACAAUUAAAAACAUUCCGACUUUGACGUUACAGUUUGUCACACGCAAUAAGAUCUUAUGAUACGUUUAAUUUACAAUUAAAAACAUUCCGACUUUGACGUUACAGUUCGUCACACGCGAUGAGAUCUUAUGAUAUGUAUCGAUAAAUAUUUAUAUUUGUGUUUUAUGUUUAUUAAAGAAUUGCAAAAGAUAGGAGCUUCUGUAGAUCUCAUAAUAAGAUAUGACUAUUUUGUAAUUACACUAGCGUUAGCUCGAGCAAUGUAAUGAAAGUCUGAUAGACCGAAUGAUAUAUAUCAAACAUAUUAAAUUAACAGAUUAAUUUUAUUUGCUGUUGUAAAUGGGUCUUGGAUCGAACACUUUGUUUCGCUGGGUAUCACAGUUACAAUGGAUUAUUUUUACUUACAAGGAGACUUACGGAAGUGUCACUCACUGAUUUUAAUGAAACUUUCCACACUUGUAGAACAUCGAAAAAUAACCGACACGUAUUUUAUUUCUGCAAUGGUGCGGGUUUAAGGGUAGAAACCACAUCUUGAACGUUAGGACUGGUCUCCAAGUAUAGACAGAAAACAAUCAUUUAAUUUAGAAGAAAAAAUGCUUUCAGGGGGUUUUUAAUACAGCUGAUUCCGAAUCUAACGUUAAAAUUACAAAAUUCAAAAUGACGAAUCCAAUAUGACGAUUAAAAUUACAAAAAGUCUUCUGGUUCGAAAUAUGCCUGCAGAAAUAUGCCUAUAUAAAAAUUAAACGACCGAUUUAAUUUACCUUUAAUUACCCACUAGUAAUUUUCAUAUGUUGUUAUUUAAGAAGGAAUUUUACAGCUAUGAGAAAGCAUUUUUUCUAUUAAUUUAUACAAUUGUUUCUGAUUUGUAUUUUGAAAACCACCUCUUUGUCAUGAGAUGUAGUCGCUAUAUUGGAUCCGCCAUUUUGAGUUUUAUAAUUUUAACGUCAGAUUCGGAAUCAGCUGUAUUAAAAACCCCCUGAAAGCAUUUUUUCUUCUAAAUUAAAUGAUUGUUUUCUGUCUGUGCUUGGAGACCAGUCCUAACGUUCAAGAGGUGGUUUCUACUCUUAAACCCGCACCAUUGCAGAAUUAAAAAAAUAUGUGUCGAUUAUUUUUCGAUGUUCUACAAGUGUGCAAAGUUUCAUUAAAAUCAGUGAGUGACACUUCCGUAAGUCUCCUUGUUAGACUACUAGACGGUUUUACGGGUUUUUUUUAUUUACCAAAUUGAUACAGAGAAAUCCCUUUGUCUCUGAAGCGUUUUAUUUCACACCUGAAUUUUAGUGUACCUGUGUGGGAAAAAUAUGUUAAUUUAAUAUGUCGCAUGCAAAAUUCUGUAGUCGUUAAAAUAAAAUCGAUUGCUUUACCUUUGCAUCGAUGUGCUGGAGGAACGAUACGAUUUAUUCUUAGAUAUACUUGAUUAAAAGUUGAUUUUACUUGACGGAAUAAAAUGUUGUACUUAAAGUUUUAA